CGAAACUGAACAAGAAGUAGGAGAAGGAGAAAGGGUCGUUCAGUUUGGGAAAAUUGGAAACAAAUCGCAAGACAAAAGGCAGGGGGCAAGCAACUCAUAUAGCAGCAACCGAGAACGAUGGUCCCGAAAAUCAAUGAUUUCGAGUCGAAGACCUCAGAGUUGUACCCCAAGAUCAGAAACGGUUGUAUAAUCACUAAGGCCGAUUAUCCGGACAUCGAAGAAGCCCACGUUUACCCCUCCUCUCUCAUGAAACGCCAUACCGUCACUAAGUUGUCGUCUGAGAUCCCGUUCUUCACGGUCUUACGAUACUGGUGGACAGAGAAACGUGUGCAGGCGUGGCAACAGCAGAUCUUCAGCCGGGCUGAUGAUCAAACCUUGGCUGUAGAGUCUGCAAGCAACAUCGUCACAUUAAGCAAGAAGUUGCGUGUAUACUGGGGAGGUCGGCGUUUUCAUCUUGGUGCCAGACCCAGGCGGUCCAUUCCGCGACAAAAAAGACUCUUAGGGUGUGCGUUGUCUAGCUGCCGCCACCACCAAAGGGAAAUGGCAGCAAGCAGGUUCAUCUAUAUCAGAAUAGCACCAAAGAAGGAUGAAAAAAAAAAAAAAAUGAAAAAAAAGCCGACGGUCAAACUUCGUGCUAACAAGGCACGUGUGCAACUCGCUCGUGAGUCGAGCAUACACAAUGCCGGUCAUCCCUUUUGGUUAGCAGUUAAGAUUAACCAAGCAUCGGCAUUGACAAUUGCGAGAACACUCAACGAAAUCGAGGACCCCGCUUGAAGGAGCAGAGGCAGAACAGCCCACCCAAGAGUACAUAGACAAAUCCCGCAGCAAUGAUUUCUAACCAUCUCGCUACCAGGACAUGAAGGUUUUCGGAGCCUUACUGGCUUUGAGGACCAAGCGUAGAUUACGUUAAAGCGCGCGAAUUUAUA